GGCUCCGGGCUGUCUCAGCUGGUCCUCAAGAGCGUCUGUCUCGAACCGAAGUUCAGUGAGUCUUGUUGUCCCGUAGCAGUGAUGGCUGCUCCGUUAGCACACUUCGAUGAAGACUGGCAGGACUUUAAUGAAUUCAGACCUACCUCUGAAUGGCCAAAUCAGCUGGAUCAGAUCAACUCCAAUGUCGGCGACACAACAGGGUUUGAGGACUUUUCAGAUCUGGACAACAGUUUUUCAGGGGAGAUAUGCAGCUUCAAGUCAAUGGAAGACCUUGUGAACGAUUUUGAUGAGAAGCUAAAUAUGUGUUUUCGGAAUUACAACACUAAGAUAGAAAAUAUCGCUCCAGUACAACCCAUCACAGAAGAUAAUUUCCUGAAGGACGACGAAAUCUGGAACGCUCUGACGGAUAACUAUGGCAACGUGAUGCCAGUGGACUGGAAAACCUCUCACACACGCUCCCUCCACUUACCCACCCUCAACCUAACAGAGCAGAGGAAAGAGGACAACUCGUCACUGGACCUCUCAGAUGAUGAGGAGCUGCGGGAGCAAAUGGACAUGCACUCCAUUAUCGUGUCGUGUGUCCAUGAUGAGCCACUCUUCACCGCUGAGCAGGUUAUUGAGGAAAUUGAGGAGAUUAUGCAAGAGUCUCCAGACCCAGAGGAGGAUGACAGUCCAUCUCAGUCCGACAUGUCCCUGCUCUGCCAGGAGAUGAACACACUCAACAGGUCCAGCUCCACCAGCAGCUACGAAGAGAGUAAGUGUGUGUCUGUAUCUGUGUCUGUGUCUGUGUUUUUUAGAUAUCCCUCUACAGCAACUAGCUACCCCUACUGACCAUGGUUAUUAUUGCCACAAUACGAGUGUGAAGGAUUAGGGAAUUGGAGAUAUUGUUAGCCUGUGUUUGUAAAUGUUGAGGUGGGCAUAAAUGUAGGCCAUAUUAAUUAUAUAAGACACCCUGCAUUGUAUAAUGGGUUCUGUAAUUGGCGUCCAGUCGCAUAAAUCAGAGAUUACGUAAU